GUAAAAUGUCAAAGUGAUGACGUUCCUUAUUGACAGCUACACGUCUUUGCUGUUUUGAAUGAAGUGACGAAAAAAUAUUUUGCAGUGUUUUUCAUUUUUAAGCGGCUAACAAAUAAUUCAAAAAAUGCAAAAACGAAUAUAAAACUACGUUGCCAACUAAUGCGCUAGCAAACAAAAUGUUAAACCAACAAAUGAAAUAGUUUGAGAACCACAGCAGUAAAUGUUACAACUGGGUAGGGCAGUUGACAAAAUAUCAUUAACGAAUUAGAGGAAAAAAAAUAAAAGUUAAACAAACCCAAUUAUACGUAGAAUUGCAUUGUAAGUAUUAUGGCCACAACAGAAAACGCUGCCAGUGCAACGCUAAAUAGUGUGGAUGAUGUGGCCCAAAUAACGAAAGUUGGCACACAUAUUGGUGCAACGAAACAGAUGUCAGGUGCAACAUUAACAACAAAUGUGACACGCUGUUGGGAAACAUGUUACUAUUGCCCCUGUGAAACGUUCAAAACCUCCGCUGAUUUUGUCAAGCACUUACGUGAACGACAUUGUACGCGUGAAGGUGGUUCGUAUGUUUGUCGCUAUGGCUUUAAUGGCGUGUGUCCUUCGCUGCCGUUGGAUGGUGUGUCAGAUCGUGAUUACGAUGCACAUGUCGCUAAAUAUCAUGUGAAUCAAUUGACACGUGAACUACCACCGGAAUGGUCCGUAUUUUCGGCAGCACAAAAUCUACCAGCCGUGCUCAACGAUCCAUCACGUGGUAAACAAAGUAAUCUCUUCACAAAAAAGUGGGGCGACACCUUUGUAGAGAAAACACAUAUACCACAGACGCCACGUUUGCCCGAAAUUACCUAUGCAGAUUUCGAUAAGUACAUAGCGAAAAUUGGUAAACGUUAUCGUCGUCAUGAACGCAUGUGUGCACAACAAACACCGGCCGCAUUGGCGGAACGUGAGGCUAAAACGCCAACAUCACCAACACACACCGUCAGCCUUAGCGCCAUACCGGAUAUAUUUCUCAAAGAGCAAUUGAAUUUAAAUCAUGCAGCGACCUUCGCGCUUGUAUUCCCUAGCAUUGGUGCCACAACGAGUGAGGAGAAUAAACAGUCUGGCCGCGUGUUGCAAGAGCAAUUAUCGCAUUAUCUAGAUAUUGUUGAGGUGAAAAUAGCGCAUCAAGUAUCGCAGAAAUCCGCCGCUUUCUUUCACGCCAUGACCUCACAAGACGCCAUUAUGGCUGAGAUGAAAGAAGCGGCCAGCAAUGUGCGUGAAUUGCGCGCCUCGCUGCGUACGCUACACCAAUCUGCGGUGGUGGACUCAUUUCGUGUGAUGCGUUUUGCGCAGCGUAGACAAAACUUUGAGGAAACGCUCGAUAAGCUCAGCCUCAUGGCAACGGUGCAUAAAACGCAACCAAUGCUGCAACUGCUGCUGGGCACGCAGGACUACGUGGCAGCGCUGGAUCUAAUAGGCACCACGCAAGAGAUACUAACGCAGGAGCUCAUUGGCAUACACUGUUUCAAGCAUCUACCCAUGCAGCUAAAUGAAAUGGAAAAGCUAAUUGACAAAAUGCUCACAACGGAAUUCGAGCGUUAUGCCACGGCGGAUCUCAAUCGACCGCUUUGUGAUGUGCUCAACGAAACGGAGAGCGUAUGCGCCGAGGAGGACAAACUGGUGUGUAUUGUCAUGGGUUUGCUGCGAAAAAAGAAUUUCUCUUUUGUCACGGCGUACAAGGACGAGGCGAUUGUAACCAUACGUGCCAUCAUCAAGCAGCUCGUUAUCGAGGUGAUAGCUUCCAGCGAUGCAGAACUCUGUCUGACCGGUGCCGGCGAAGAGGCACAAAGUCUCUCGAUCAGCGAAUGGAUUGCGCUGCUAAAGAAAGCCACCGUGGCGCUGCUAACGGUUUUACAACGCAUACGCGCCGUUACGGGCAUAAUGCGACAGACAACGGAUGCGGCUGCGGGCGGCGCAGUGAAUGGCGCGCAAGAGGGUGCUGUCAAUUUAAUAGACUCGGAGGCAUUUUUAACGGCAGCCGAUCAUGCAAAUGUAACGGAACGGCUGGAUGAGCUGCUGGUGGCGGUGUGCCACUAUUGUCAUGAGCGCUGUGCGAAUUUGGUAUCCACGCAAAGUUUGGAGCGCACUGUUGCCACAGCGGAUGAGAUCGAGCAGCUGACAGCGAUUGUCGAUGAGUUUAGUGCAGGUUGUGAGGACAUCUGUGGCGCACCAAGCGUGCCGCUGAAGGUCGCCGCCAAAGUGCAGGCAUCACGCUUCGCCAAUCACUUUCACACCGAACGCAAGCGCAAACUGGCUUUACUGCUCGAUUCGGAGCGUUGGCGUCAAGUCGACAUACCCAAUGAAUUCCAAAAGAUUAUCGAUCGCAUGGGCGCGCAAGAUUUCCAGCAGCCGGCAAGCAAAUCAUUCGCUGACAGCUUAGGCGCCACAUUGAACGGACACAGUAACAACAGCAGCAGCACCAAGCUGCAAGCCAAUCCCGUGCUGCUCGUCGAAGGCAAACCGUUUAGUCUAGUCAGCGCCGCGCUGUUGCUGGUGCAAAUGCUCAGCGAUUACUGUCACUGCGCCACGCGCUUACCCAUACUGGCGAGCUAUUUGUCGCGCAACGUUGUCGAUUUGCUGCGCACCUUCAACUCGCGCUCCUGCCAGCUGGUCAUUGGCGCCGGCGCUAUGCGUGUAGCCGGUCUCAAGACCAUCACCAGCACCAAUCUGGCAUUGGUGUCACGCGCACUGCAACUUGUGCUCUGGCUGCUGCCGCGCAUCAAGUCACAUUUCGCCGCAUACGAUGCGCACGCCGUCUCAGGUUUUGACUCGAUCGAAAAGGAUUUUCACAGUCACAUCAAAGAAAUCGAAAAUAAAAUCUAUGGCAUUGUCACGGAACGUGUCGCCAUGCAGCUGGAGCAAUGGGAUGCACGUCCGCCCAUACCGUCGCAAACGUUUCGCAAUAUUUCGCGACAUUUGGUGAAGUUGCACGAGGCGAUUGCGCCCAUACUGCCCGAACAGCAGAUACACACGAUCUACGGCAUUGUGCAUCGCAAUUUCAAGGAUAAGCUGAGAGAGCAAUUGCUAAAGCUGAACAUUAUCAAUAAUGGUGGGCCGCAACAUGGCGUGGUGACGUCAGAGUUGACAUUUUAUAUGGAGACAUUGCGUACGUUGAAAGCGCUGCCGCAUGCGGAGCUAAGUGAUGACAUACUGGAGCUUAUUUGGACAUUCUAAAGUGUGGUUGAACUUGCUUGGCGCAUUUCAGCUGAUUUUCUUUUUGUUGUUGCACUAAUUUAAGACAAUUGUUUUAACAUUCUUCUUAUUUUUUUUAUUUUUUGUUGUGGUAAUUUUACUCACCACUGUACUUUGGUUCACAGUUAAUGUGCAAGUUCUUCCUUCCUACAUCUUGUUCGUAUUUUAAGCUAACAUUGCCAAGUCCUCAAAGGGGUGCAGCUAGGCGCAUUGUAAUCGAAACAUGCAACAUGUUGUCAUUGUUGUUGUUGCUAACAACCAAUAAGUAUAUAAGUGCAUAUUUCCUGUAACAGGAUGAGCAUUUGUGUGUUGGGUGUUGCAUAAACUGCAGCUUUUAGUGAAAUUUUAAAAAAUCAAGCUGAAAAAAAGUAAAUUUAAUAAGUAUACACAUACAUAUUUAUGGCAUAAGUUACACCAUACAUACAUACAAUACACACGUACGUUCGUGAACAAUAAUAAUGUAUAAUGAAGUCUAAAAUGUAUAUGUUUAAAAGCCGAUAAAUUGUUAUAAAAAAUAAUUAUAAAAUAAAUAAAAGAUUACUUGUAGUAUUCGCUUGUACUUAGGCUUCUACCAACAAAUAAAUAAAUAAAUAAAUUUACAGCGCAUUAAACACUCGAAAUUUUUAUCAAACAC